UUAAUUGAAUCAAUGCGCCGAGAUUAAUCUGGAUCCAUUAACAUGACUUUUGGCAAAAGAUAGUCUGUAAACCAAAGUGGGGAUCGUAAUAUGGGUAUGCAGUAGAGUGAAAGACACCUUGAAUUUCAAAGUCAGGCCGCGGUCCUUGAGUGUUUUUAACUGAAUGAUAUUGAUGAAUGAAAGGAAGAUAGGAUCCUAAGGUUUUUUUUUUCAAUAUUGUGCCUCGUUUAUUUGACAUCAUCAAUAAUCACGAUCAGCACAUUGAUAAAAAGCCUUAUCUUUGUCUUUGUUCACGGCUAACGCUCAAAGGUCAUAUUUUAAUGGCUGUGAUGAUCAGAUUGUUACUAGGAUGGUCCUAUUAAAACUACAUAGUGAUCUCUCGUUAGAUAAGAUGAACGAAUAUUAAACACCCUUGUGGGUGUAUUACGACCUUAACGAGGUGCAAGUCUGGAUCAAACGCCAAACCGGCGAAUACAAGAUGGCGGACACCCAACACUCAUCAUCAAGCUGCUCCUCUUUAUAUAUUUUACGCUCGUUUUAAAUAUGAUGUACAUCGGCGAAGCAUGACUGUAUCGUAGAACUAAUUGUAAGAGUUCCAGUACUGAUGUUGUAAAUCGUAUAAUACUAGUGGUAUAGCCAGAAAUUAUAGCUCAUGAGUUGAAGUACGCCGACUCUAUCGACGACAACAUUUAUUUUUCUUUCAGGGUUAUGCUGUUAAAUCCUAAUCAAGUCAUAGUUCCGCCGUGUCAAGUAUAAUAUCUACGAACGGAGUAGAGAUUCAUUCUCCAAGCUGUUUCAGUGAAGACUCCGAGCGAAAACUCACCAAACUUUAACAAUGAGGAAUAACAGUCGAGCAUAAAGAAUGCUGAUGAAAAAAGCUAAGAGGCAAAGGAUGAUGUCGAUACAAAGCUAACGGGAAAGCAAGAAUUCCAAAGCCUCGGUGGAAUCAGCUUUAUGGAUGGAAACGACACAUCAAACCCGGUUGAUACUGUAGCUUUGUAUUCACCUGAAAUAUCAAUUGCUUUGAUCGUCUUGUUGGGGUUAUUCGACAUUAUCAGCAUCGUAGCCAAUGGUAUGGUUUUAAUGACAGUCUAUUGCAAUCCUCGCUUACGGUCCAACACCAAUGUCUUCAUAACAAACUUAUGUCUAGUGGAUCUAAUAGCUGGCUGCCUUCUGCUGCCUCUGGUUAUUGAUUCUAUUGGCCGUCACGAGGCGAGAUUUGGCGUGCUCUGCGAGCUGGUUGGGUUUAUUGAUGCUACAUAUUCGUGUGCUUCUUCACUCACUAUAGCUGUCAUAGCCUUAGACCGUUAUCAUUCCAUUGUUAAUUGUCUAUACUAUGAGAAUAUCGUCACUCGACGUCGAACUAUUAUUGCCAUCAUUUGGAUAUGGCUUCAGACAUUAUUUAUCGCUUUGUGUCCUUUAGCUGGUUGGGGACGAUAUACGUUCGAUUCUGCACAAUUCAAAUGCUCGUUGGACCUCCCAGAUCGCAAUGGCUUUCUCUGGUUCAUGUUCUGUACAAGUGUAGUUAUUCCAUUCAGUGUUAUUGUGUUCUGUUACACUCAAAUUCACCUAGUAGCAAGACGACAUGCAAAAAACAUGGUGGCUAUUCACAUCCAAGAUACAGGCAAACGUGUUAGAGCUGUAUCAACGAGAAAAACUAGACUAGUGUACCUAGUAGUGGGCUUAUACACGACAUGUUGGCUUCCUAUUUAUAUCGUUAAGCUAUUUCAAAGCAUUGCUUCGGAUAUCACAAUACCUCCAUCAGUCAUAACACUUUCUACAGUUUUGUCUCUAGUCAAUGGAUCGUGUAAUCCUUUCUUGUAUGCUUUGAUAACCAGUCAGUAUCGAGCAGGGAUGAACCGCAUGAAUAGACGAUUCAAGCGAAAAUUCGGAAGAACUGUUGCCACACCUUCUGUUGAACAAUCCAAGAGCUCUUGGUCUGUUUCUAGACCUAUUUCGAAUUUAUAUCGUUAUUUUCAAGAAAACGACGGAGGAAAUAUGCUUGCUUGUAUUGGGAGAACCUACAGUGAUGAUGAUGACCGGCUUGAACGUCCACAGAGAAGUCAGACGUUUUUUAAUCCUAAAAAUACCACUCCCUCGCCUUCCAAUCAGCGCAAAAAUCAACCUCAAACAUUACAGAUACCAAAUAAAUCUAAAAAAUGCAAACGAAGCGUAAACGGUUGGGUUCAAGAAGAUAAGGAUACAAAAAGCUUGAGUAUACCACUCAAAACGAUUGGUAGACAAGAACAUGAUGAAGAUUCUUUUUCUGAUCUUGAAGUUUCCGGUGAAUUGAAAUCACUAACGGGAACAAAUAGCUCAGAAAGAAAGAGGAACACACGAAUCAAUCAACGGAAUUCUGAUAAUAAUACUUUUCGUAAAGCGGUUUCAUUCCAAACUGGUCAGAAUUAUCUGGAAGUGAUUGGGCCGGUUUCUAUUGAUAAGCAAUCUCAGACGACGCGAAAGUCAAACAGUGUGCUUGGUACGAUUAAGGAAGUGGAGAGUGUUGAAACUAAAGAUAAACAUCAAGUUAAUAAGCUGGAUGAAGAUGAACACCGCUGUGACGAUACCAAAUGGGAAAACGAAGAAUCCACGAGAACAAAAACAAAUGGAGAUGAGAACACUGAAAGUGGAAUGUCAGUUGAAUCAGAUGAGAAGUUCAAUGUGAAUAAUGACAAUAAGACGAGACAAGUUAACGUGAAAUCAGCGAGAAAACCACUUGACGACGUUAUUAAUAACGUUGAAGAUAAUUGCCAAGAGACGCUGAAGAUAAAAGAUCAACAUGGCGAAGAUGAGAGAAGUGCUGUGGAGAAGACUUGUGACAGGGACUGUAUAGCAAACUAUACAGCUAAUGAGAUUAACUGAACUAUAAAAAACUAUAGGAAUUGUUUGUGGUGUUUUUUGACACUUCGGUAGAAUAUAUAGGAAAUAAUUAAGCUAUUUAUCGCUUUAGACAUACAUUCAAACGGACAUAAGGUAAAUUAAAAAAGAAAAUAGCGUUGGGUUAUUCCGACAAUGAUGGCUUCAAUUCAUCACCACACGCCACACACACACACAGCAGACUAAUGGACUAAUUCAAUAUUCUUACCGCGAAGAGCAUUUUUCAUCAUCUUUUGUAAGGUCAAUAUAAAAAUCCCCAAAACAAAUACAUCAUAAUAAAUAAUCGCGAAGCAUAUAUUUAAUUGAUGAUGUAGUUCAAUGCAUAAGCCCAAAGAUCUCGUGCUGAUGUUUUAUAUUAUGCUGAAACUUAGCGUCAAAAACCCUGCUGUCCAAGCCACGCUAAAACCGCUCCAAUAUAAUGUCUUUCGCUUAAAACUGAAAAUUCCUGCAAAUGAAUGAAUAAUUCUAGUAACAAAAUAUACCGGUCCAGCUUAAAUAUUCAUCAGUAUUUUGUCUUAAUGUCAGGUAAAUUUGCCCCUUGGGCUUCGUAAAAUAAUGGCUACUUUAUUGUAGGAUGAAGCUUUCUGAUGGUAAAAGUAUUUCUAAUACAAUUAUACUAGAUUACCCGCCUGAUAUGCUAGACAGUAUGAGUUAUGGUAAUCGUCAUCUGCGGGCUUCCGUGAUGGUUUAAAGAUCACCAUAGUAACAGAAAGUUAAAUCAACAAUUCAUGAAGRUGGAGAAAGUAUUAAUUUUGCCCUUUAUUUAGUUGUUCUUAAGGUCUUUCAGUUCCAAAUGGUGUUUUUUAAAGUACCUGAUGGAAUGAUGCGUUGUAAAGAAAAAUAGUGAAUGGACGAAACGAAACAGGAGUUUUUCUAAAGUGGAUUAA